AGGGAACGUGGCUCGUUCCAGGCCUCAGAGGCACCAGAAUACGUUUAGCUUCAAAAAUGACAAGUUUGAUAAGAGUGUUCAGACCAAGGAGUCCUAAACUUGGAGUCAGGGCGAAGCAGGAGUAGACUCUUCAGAUUCCUUCCUGUGUGGCUACUGAGUCACUCUCUGUAAACAUGGGGGACAUGGGUUUGAGCCUUGGUCCGGGAAGAUCCCACAUGCCAUGAAGCAACUAAGCCCGUGCGCCACAACUACUGAGGCUGUGCUCUAGAGCCCACAAGCUGCAACUACUGAGCCUGCGUGCCACAACUGCUGAAGCCCACGCGCCUAGAGCCCACGCUCUGCAACAAGAGUAGCCAUCGCAAUGAGAAGCCUGUGCACCACAACAAGGAAUAGCCCCUACUCACUGCAACUAGAGAAGGCCCACGCAGCAACAAAGAUCCAAUGCGGCCAAAAAAAAUUAAUGCAAAACUUCAUGAUGGAGUAUGUCAGCGUUGUAAAGAAGUUCUUGAGUGGCGUGUAAAAUACAGCAAGUACAAACCGUUAUCAAAGCCUAAAAAAUGUGUUAAAUGUUUACAAAAGACAGUGAAGGAUUCUUAUCACAUAAUGUGUAGACCAUGUGCCUGUGAUCUUGAAGUUUGUGCCAAAUGUGGAAAGAGAGAAGAUGUUGUUAUUCCGUUUAAUAUAGAACCGGAAAAGACAGAAAAUGUUGAAAAUAAUCUACGUUCCAGCCACAGAAGAAGCUGCAGAAGAAAUGAAGAAAGUGAUGAUGAUUUAGAUUUUGAUUUAGAUGACACAGAAGAAAACAGUCAGAUGGAUUGAUAUAACUAUAUUAAAAGACAGUUUGAAAGCAUGAAAUUCUGAACAACUUUGAUUUUGAGGGUUUAAAAAAAAAAUACUGUGGAAUCCUAGUAAGGACAUUGGAAAAACCUAUAGAAAAUACAUGGACAAUGUGAACUGUGUAUGAUAUUUGAAUAGUGAUAAAGCUUUCAUCCAGAGUUUUCUUAUAAUACAUUUUUAAGUAGCAUAUGCUAGUAUAUCUGCCAAAAUGAGUAUUGGAGUAUCGUAUUGAAGUUCAUGGGAAUUAUUUAGAAGAAUAUAUUAUCUAGUAUCAAAUUAAGCAAGAUUCAGAAUUGAUGGUUGUAUAGAAACUAUCUCAUGGAAAAAUCAGAUGACAUUAUUAUGUUGCUAGCCUCAAAAAUUGGUCCUCAGGAGGUACCUUUUGAUAGAUUGAUCUCAGGUUUAUGUCCCACAUAACAAAAGCACUCUUGCUUACACUUGCUUGUUGUAAAGCAAAAAGUUUAUUGUUUUUUAAUAAUAAUGUUUAACAAGUAUAUAGCAGUUUUUCUUUGAAAGUGUUUUUAUGCAUCUGAUCACAUUAUUUUUAACUUUUUUCGCUUAUGAAAUUUACAUACAGAAAAAAAUGCAUAAAAUCUAUAUGUAUAGUUUAACACAUAAUUAUAAAGAAAAAUCAUACAUUUAUCACCCACGUGAAUAAAAUACUCCUAAACAGCAUAAGUUAGCUUUGUCUGAUUUCUGAAUAUUUUUUCUAUCUUUUUGUUUUGAAAAAUCUCAAACCUAAAGAAAAGUAGCAGUGUAGUACAAUGAACCUUUGUAUGCUCUUCACUUAGAUUCACAGUUGUUAACAUUUUGCCACAUCUUCUUUAUAUUUGAAUAGAUAUAUGGAUAUAUUUUUUAUUUGCUGAACCAUUUGAAAAUAAGUUGCAGGCAUCGGUUUCGAACUUUAUAUCAACAGACUUAUACUAUGCAUGUUAAUUUGUAUCUCUUCUUAUUUCAUUAUUAUGAAACUUGUGAAAUUGAUCCAUGUUGUUGCAAGAGCUCUAUUUUGUUAAUAUUACGUUUUUUAUUCUACAUUUUAUUCUGUUUUAUUCUAUUGUAUUUACAUACCACAAUUUAUUUUUCCUCUCUAAUACUGAGGGACAUUUGAGUUAUUUCAGAAUUUUCCUAUAACAAACAAUACUAGGUGUUUCUUGGUAUAAAUGUCUUAUUUCUCAGUACAUUUUCUGUUAGGUAUGUAAUAGAAGAAGAUUGAAAUGUUUCCUGGUGUAUUUGUCUUGUUUCUUGCUACAGUUUCUGUUAGGUGUGUCUAGCGGUGGUAGAGGGCAUCAGGUAUAUAUGCAUCUUCACUAUUACUAUGUGAUGCUGUCUUUCCAGAAGGAUUGUUAUCUCCCUUCAGCAUAGCAAUGUAUUAGAGUUCCUGUGGUUUGCAUCCUUUCCAACACUUGGUAUCAUACUUUUAAAUUUCUGUCAGUUAGAUAUGUGUGCAACAUAUGUCUUUGUCUUAUUAAUUUGUAUUUCUCUAAUUACUAAUGAGCUUGGGCCCCCUUUAAUGUUUAUUGACCAUUGGUUUUUGGGUAAUAGAUGAUAUUAAGGAAUCAUUUUGGUAAGGCGUAAUAAUGUUAUUUGAGAAAUACAUAUUGAAAUAUUAAAGGGUGUAUAGUCAAUUUACUUUAAAAUAAUUUAAGCAUAAAAAAGGAGAGAUACAGAUAACAUUUCAGUGGCAUCAAAAAUAUGUUAUUUACCUAGGAGUAAAUUUUAAAAACACUCAAGAACUCUGUUGACAAAAAUAUAAAGUCUUAUCAAGACAUUAAAAUUAAAUGGAGACAUAAAUGGAAAAAGAUAAAAAUAAAUGGAGAGAGAUAUCAUGUUUAUGAUAUAGAAACCUCUAAGUUUACAGCCUACAGAAAGUUUUUAUACCAUAAAUUCAUGUGGCUUACCUUUUUGUUUGUAAAUUUGUUUUCUGAACUAUGUAACUUUUGUGGUUAAUGAACCAACUUAAUUAUUAUUAGACCUAGCAUAAAUUCUUCCCCAUCUGAGUGAGUUAUAAUUCCUCAGAUUACCUUACUAGGAGAGAAAUUUAAUGAAGAGCAUCACCUAGUGACAUGUACUAAUAUCUGCAUUUCAUUCUUUAGUGCUAAGAGAGAUUUUGUUUUGUUUUUUCAACAGACUGAAAUUUAAUUGUUACAUUUAGCUCAUUUACAUAUCUUUAGGUCUUAUCCUUUCUAAUCUAAAAAUUAUUUUUAUUGGAACUCAGCAUGGAUCUAAGUCCUGGCUCUGCCAGUUACUAGCUGUGUGACUUGGUACAAAUUAAUUAAUCUUUCUGUGCCAACUAUGAGUGCACUAAACAACUGAUAUUAUUAUUGCUACUGUGAUUUUGUGUGUAUAUAUAUAUAUUAGUAAUGAGUUAGUAAUUAUUAACUGGAAAUGAAGUAAUUAGUAAUUAUUAGUAAUGAAGAUGUCAAUUUGGUUGUUUGCCUAUGUUCUUCAGAAGAACAUAUAUAUGUGUUUAUAUAUGGAAUGCAGAAUGUUAGAAGGUGAAAAGUUCUAUGGGAAAAAGAAUAAGGCAUGGUAGGGUGAUUGGGAGUCUAAGGGUAUGGAUGGGGUGGGAAUGGAGUGCACAGGGGAUGGGAAGUGGUCUUUUUAAAUAAGGUGCCUAGAGAGACAUGUUGGGGAAGAAUGUUCCAGGCAGAGGAAACAGCCGCUACAAGGCCUCUAAAGCAAGAUUGUGCCAGGUGUGUUCAAGGGACAGUAAGGAAGGGAGUGAUUAAGUUGGAGAGCUGAAAGAGAUAAGAUCAGGAAGGUAAUGGAAGGCCAGAUGAUGUGAAACCUGCUUUUAAGAUGUUUUUUGUUUAUCUUUGGUUUUCAGCCAUUUGACAGAUUUCUAAGGUGUGAAUUUCUUAUUUAUGCUACUUAAGGUUUUCUGAGUUUCUCAUAUCUGUUGGUCAAUGUCUUUGAACAGACUUGGAAAGUCGUUAGCCAUUAUUUCUUCAAAUAUGCUUUUUCCUAUUCUUUCCUCUUCUUCUAGCACUCCCAUUCUAUAUACAUAGGAGUGUGUCCCACUUCUUUCUCAUGCUCUGCUUUCUUUUUUCUAUUUGUUUUUUCCUUUUUGUGUUUGUAUGUUUUCUAUUGGCCUUUCUUUGCAUUCAUAAUUCUGUCUUCUAUAUAAACAGGAGUAAUGUGUUCAGUAUGCUUUUAUUUUUUUUAAUUUUAUUGAAGUGUAGUUGAUUUACACUGUUAAUUUAUGCUAUACAGCUAAGUGACUCAGUUAUACAUAUAUAUAUUCUUUUUCAUAUUCUUUUCCAUUAUGGUUUACUACAGGAUAUUGAGUAUAAGUCCCUGUGAAAAGGGCGUGUUGCUAGUAUGCGUUUGUUUAUGUAUUUAUAUUUAUUUGUUUGUUUAUUUUGGCCAUGAGGCUCACAGGAUCCCAGUUCCCCAACCAGUGAUCAAACCCGUGCCCCCUGCUGUGGAAGCACGGAGUCCCAACCACUGGACCGCCAGCCAGGCAAUUCCUAUUAGUAUGCUUUUAAACCCAUCUAAUACAUUCUUAAUUUCAGAUACUGAAUUUUGCAGUUCUAAAAUGUUCAUUUGAUUCUUUUUUUAAAAUAGAUUUAUCUCUGUUGAAAUAUUCUGUGCUACCUAUCUUGUACAUUUUUUCUCUAUUUUUUUAAUGUAUUAAUUACAGUUAUUUUGAAGUUCUUGUUCACUUUUGUUUGCUUUUACUAAUUAUUUUAUCUCUUGAUUGUUGGUCACCACCCCCGGCUUUGCAUAUCUAAUAACUUUUAUUGUAUGCUAGAAAUUGUGGAUGAUACAUUAUAGAGACAUCCUCUGAAAAACAAAGUACUGCAGAUCACCUUGAUCCUGUCAAAACUUGGGUUUAGGCUUGGGCUGGUCUAUUUCAGUUUCACACUUAUUCCUGGCUCUUAUGCCUUGAGUAUUGUUUUUAUUCCUAAGCAUGUAUUUUCUGAGGUCUUAAUGCCACUGGUGUUCACCAAGGAAUCUCCCCUCUGGGUAAGCCAAACUGCAACACUGGGUGACCUCUGAAGUCUCUGCCUGCCUCUCAGCCUCACAGCAGCUGUUCUCUGCUAGGACGCCUGGAGUUGUGCCCUUCAUGUGUGCAGUUUAGGAGACUCAGGAGUGACCAGAGAAGUAGGAGAACCAAGAAAGGGUGUCCUGAAAGGCAACAGGCACACAUAUUGAGUGCUUACUGUAUUCUGACAGUGCUCUAAACUAAGCCCUUUACAUGAUAAACUCCUUGAAUGUAUAUCAUGGCCCUGUGUAGUGAUAACUAUCGUUAUCCACAUUUACAGAUGAGAAACUGAGAUUCAAUAAAUUGACAUACAGCCACAAAGUGUUUAGGUCCAGGUUUUGAACCUACACAAUCAUCUGAUCCCAAACCCCAUUCUGCCUAUUAGGGUUAGUAUGCUUAAGAAAAAUAUGUGAGUUGCUGACUGGAUAACUCCACUAUUUUUCAUACUACUAUUCCAGGGCUCUGUUGACAGUCAUUUCCACUGCCACACUUUCAUGUUCUGUUAUUUGAGAGAAUUUAGAGCUUUUCUCUCUUUUUUUCUGAAGAACUGUCCCAGGCAUCACUGGAGAGAGCUUAAGUUUUUAGCCACUGCUGAUAUACCUGAAUUCAAGUCACUUUUUUUGUACUCUCCUCCAUGAUUGUUGAUUUCCAUAUAUGAAUCAUAAUACCUGUGAUCUUCCUAAUUAGUGAUGUCAUGUUAUUGUGACACCUACUUGCAUAAUAAUUAUUAGGAGAGUAAAAAGUUGUUUUAUGUACUUGGUGCUUAUAUAUAUUUUUUCAUCGUAAAAGAUAAACAGCAAUGUUCUUAGUGUUCUCCAUUUUUCAGGUGACUUACCUAAGGCUCGAGGUUAAGUAACUUGCCAAAGUCAAAAAGAUAAGUAAUAAACCUGAGGUUCAAACCAAGUCUAUGUGACUCCAAAGCCUAUAUUAUUUCAACCACUUUUGUGCAAAAUUACAAAUAUUCCAUGUUCCUAAACGCUUUUCUUCUUAAGUGAAAUGUGUAACAACAUUAACCUGGACACACCUCUAUCCUUUCCUUAUGUCCCUCUUUCUAGGUCUUUUCCCUCUCUCGUAACAUUAGUCCUGUACUGAAUGAUUGCCCUGUUUAAAAGCUACAUUUUGUU